AACUGGGAAGAACAACCGAUUAAAUUUCCGCGCAAAAACCCUAACCUCAAAUCCGAAGAAUCGAUUCCUCAACAGAUUCAAAGGUACAGACUUUCUCUUUGUAACAAUGUCACCGGAUGAUAGAGACAGCCAUUGGAAGAGGUCUCGUCCUGAGUCUGACCACGAUGACAAUGUUGAAACCAAAAAGAGACACCGUGGCGGUGAGGUUAGAGACUCUGUUGUGAUUGACCGUGAUGACACUGUGUUCCGUUACCUCUGCCCUGUUAAAAAGAUUGGGAGUGUGAUUGGUAGAGGAGGAGACAUCGUCAAGCAGCUGAGGAUGGAGACUAGGGCGAAGAUUAAAAUAGGGGAGGCGGUUACAGGGUGUGAUGAACGCGUGGUUACUAUUUAUAGCGGUAGUGAUGAGACUAAUGAUGGUGGAGAUGGAGAGAAAGUAGUUCUUUCUCCUGCUCAGGAGGCUUUGUUUAAGGUUCAUGAUAGAGUUGUUGCGGAUGAUGGGGAUGGUUCUGAUGGAGGAGAGAAGAGUGUUACGGCUAAGCUUCUUGUUCCUUCGGAUCAGAUUGGUUGUGUGCUUGGGAAAGGUGGUCAAGUUGUUCAGAAUAUUCGGAGUGAGACUGGUGCUCACAUUCGUGUAAGCAAGGAUAGGAACAUGCCUCUUUGUGCUUUGAAUACAGAUGAACUCAUUCAGAUAUCUGGAGAAGUGCAUAUUGUUAAGAAGGCUCUGCAUCAGAUUGCCUCCCGUCUUCAUGAUAAUCCUUCUCGUACUCAGAACCUUCUUUCUUCUGCAAUUCCCGGUGGAUAUACUUCUGGUACUCGAAUUGUAGGGAUAGCCCCGGUGAUGGAUCGCUAUGAUGCAAGAGAUUGGUCACGUCCUUUAUACCGAGAUCCUAGAAAUGAGUCACCGGCUACAGAUUUCUACAUCCGGCUAGUUUCGCCAGUUGAUAACAUUGCAAAUGUUAUUGGUAAAGGAGGUGCUCUAAUCAAUCAGCUUAGACAGGAAACGAGAGCCACCAUUAAAGUUGAUAGCAAUAGAACUGAAGGAAACGAUUGUUUAAUAACUAUUUCAGCAAGAGAGGUUUUCGAUGAUGCGUACUCCCCAACCAUAGAAGCAGCUAUGCGGCUGCAACCAAAAUGCAGCGACAAGGUGGAAAGAGAUUCUGGACUUGUUUCAUUCACAACUCGUCUUCUUGUGCCGAGUUCAAGGAUUGGUUGUCUUCUUGGUAAAGGAGGAGCUAUCAUAACCGAGAUGAGAAGAAUGACCAGAGCUAACAUCCGCGUACUCGGGAAGGAUAAUCUUCCAAAAGUUGCAUCGAAAGAUGAUGAGAUGGUUCAGAUAUCCGGAGAACUUGAUGUUGCCAAGGAAGCUCUCAUACAAAUCACAUCAAGACUAAGAGCCAACGUAUUUGACCGAGAUGGUGCUGUUUCUACGCUUAUGCCGGUCUUGCCUUAUGUUCCUGUUGCACCAGAUGGUGGUGAUAGAUUCGACUAUGAUAGUAGAGAUAGGAGAAGACCUGAACGCGGGAAUCCUUAUCCUAGUGGUUAUGGCUCAAGUGGUUUGUCUGAAGGCUAUUUGCGGUUUGGUGGUCGUAGUAGUACUUCAAAUGGAGUGUAUGGAGGUUAUGCAUCUGGACGUAGUGGCAGUUCUGGAGUCUUUAAAGAUCAUAUGCAGGGAAAAGCAAUGAGUGAGAGAAUAUACCACAGUUCUCGCCAAGACAUUGUUAAGUUAGGGCCUAUGAGUGACCGGUUUUCUUGCCUGAACCACCCGGUUUUGUUGCCUGUCUCCAAGAAAUCUCUUGAUAUAGCUUGA